AUGUUGCCAUUGGCAGACAUAUUGGAGAUCAUCAUUUGUGCCAUUCUCAUUUUGCUGAGCGUUGUGGGGAAUACAUGUUUAUUUUUUUCUACAAGGAGAUGUAUCAGUGGGCCUCUAAAACCAUCCUUCCUGCUUAUUUUCAGUCUUGUAUUAGUUCACCUUCUGAAAAACCUGGUUGUGAAUAUCAUGAAAAUUGUUUUUUCCUCUGGUGACAUGUUGGACUCAGUCAGCUGCAAAAUUCUCCGAUUCACAGAAACUAUGACCACUCAGCUCACUGUCUGGUUCAUGUUACAUUUUGCCGUGCUUUACCAUCAUGAGCUAUACCAAAUUGUCUAUCCCUCCAGUGAGGCUCCAAACCUGAACUAUCAGAAGAGGCAUUUAAAGGCAGUUCCCAUCCUUUGGAUCUCUGGAUUUGGAGUUUGUAUUCCAAUUUUAGUCUUCACUGAAAAGCUUCAACCUCUAAAUACCACAGAUGGCACAGGUCUGCUGUAUACCAAAAGGUUUAACAUGGAUUGCAAGAUUGAUUUUGGAAACCAACAGGUAGAAUAUUACUAUGAGAAAAUAUUUUUAGUCCUUAUUGAUCUUCUUCCUUUGACUAUCUUAAUUUUUGUUUGUUUUUGGAUUGCUUUCCUGCUUUGGGAGCAAAGGAAGCUAACAUAUGGUGACAUUUGGAUAGGAGAUGGUACUUCAGAAAUUGAAAUCUUUCGAGGAGCUAAAGUCAGUAUUUUGUUGACAUUACUGAUUACCUCUCUGUGGAUUUCCCACUUUGUUUUGAUUUGUUUCUUUAAGGAUUUGGAAUCCUGUUCCUUUACUCCAGCUUUGCUCACAGCUCUGUCUUCAGGUUUUUCUACUGUUAGUCCAUAUGUUCUUAUGUUGGUUAAUUACAAAGUGAAACUGGAGGCUUUCUGUUGUAGGAAAAGAGAAGAAUCUAUUAUACAACCUACAAAUGUUCUUUCCUGCCCAUACACAUAA